AGAACUUUAUUAUUCUAGCAUCACGGCUGCAGGCUUCUGCUAAGUUUGGAGUUACUCGCGUCACCUCAACUGUAUGCCUGCUUGAAGGUGGUUUAAAAAGAGGGGCACCGCAGCACAAGGAGUCUGCAUGUCUAUUUAGACAUGCUCAGCUUUGUGGAUACCCGGAUUCUGUUGCUGCUUGCAGUAACUUCAUACCUAGCAACAUGUCAAUUCUUGGGCCCCCGAGGAGACAAAGGACCUCGAGGUGACAGGGGUCCCCAGGGACCUGAUGGAAAAGAUGGAAAACCCGGACUUCCCGGCCCUGUUGGCCCCCCUGGACCCCCUGGACUCGGUGGAAACUUUGCUGCUCAGUACUCUAAGCCUCCCGAUCCAGUUUCACCCAUGGGUAUGAUGGGCAACAGAGGACCUCCCGGACCCCCUGGACCCCCUGGACCUCAGGGACACACCGGACACCCUGGUGAGCCCGGCGAGCCUGGACAGACUGGUCCCGUUGGUCCCCGUGGCCCACCCGGACCUCCUGGCAAAUCUGGAGAGGACGGUAACAACGGCAGACCUGGCAAGCCCGGAGACAGAGGUGCCCCCGGCCCUCAGGGUGCUCGUGGAUUCCCCGGAACCCCUGGACUUCCCGGAAUGAAGGGACACAGAGGUUACAAUGGCUUGGAUGGACGCAAGGGAGAGCCUGGUGCCGCCGGAGUCAAGGGUGAGGCUGGCGCACACGGAGCUGCUGGAAGACCCGGACUUGUUGGACCUCGCGGUCUGGCUGGCGAGAGAGGUCGCGCCGGCCCUGCUGGCCCUGUUGGUGCUCGUGGUGCUGAUGGCAACACUGGACCAUCUGGUGCUGCUGGACCCGCUGGUGCUGCUGGUGCCCCAGGUUUCCCCGGUGGCCCUGGACCCAAGGGAGAGGUUGGACCCGUUGGUGCUACCGGUCCCUCUGGACCUCAGGGAGCUAGAGGAGAGCCCGGUCCCAAUGGAGCCGUUGGCCCCGUUGGUCCCGUUGGUAACCCUGGUGCUAACGGCCUGAACGGAGCCAAGGGAGCCACUGGUGCUGCCGGUGUUGCUGGAGCUCCUGGAUUCCCCGGACCCAGAGGAGGACCUGGACCUCAGGGACCUCAGGGUGCCGCUGGUCCCAGAGGCCUGGCUGGAGAUCCCGGUGUUCAGGGUGUGAAGGGAGAUGUUGGUGCCAAGGGUGAGCCUGGUAGCGCUGGACCUCAAGGAGCCCCCGGACCUCACGGUGAGGAGGGCAAACGAGGACCCACUGGCGAGAUUGGAGCCGCUGGCCCCGCUGGUAGCCGUGGAUCCAGAGGCGCUCCCGGAAGCCGUGGAAUGCCCGGUGCUGAGGGAAGAGUUGGCCCACUUGGUAUGCCUGGUGCUCGUGGAGCCACCGGCUCCGCUGGAGCUCGUGGAGCCCCUGGAGAUGCUGGCCGUGCUGGCGAGCCUGGUCCCGCUGGUGCCAGGGGUCUCCACGGAAGCCCCGGAAGCUCUGGACCCCAAGGAAAGGAGGGACCUUCUGGUCCUGCUGGACAAGAUGGCCGCACCGGUCCUCCCGGCCCAACUGGACCUAGAGGCCAGCCUGGAAACAUUGGCUUCCCUGGACCCAAGGGACCCGCUGGUGAGCCUGGCAAACCCGGAGAGAAGGGAGCUACUGGAGCCACUGGUCUGAGAGGACCUCCUGGCCCCGAUGGUAACAAUGGCGCCACUGGCCCCAUGGGAGUUUCUGGCGGUGCUGGUGAGAAGGGAGAGCAGGGACCUGCUGGAUCUCCUGGUUUCCAGGGUCUGCCUGGACCCGCUGGUGCUGCUGGAGAGGUUGGCAAGCCCGGAGACAGAGGUAUCCCAGGAGACCAGGGAGUCGCCGGACCUGCUGGUGUCAAGGGCGAGCGCGGUAACCCCGGUGCUGCCGGAUCUGCCGGACCUCAGGGACCUAUGGGAGCCCGCGGAGCUACUGGAGCUCCUGGUGCUGAUGGUUCAAAGGGAGAGCCUGGCGUUGUCGGAGUUGUCGGUGCUCCUGGACACCAAGGAGCUAGCGGCAUGCCCGGAGAGCGUGGAGCUGCUGGCCCCGCCGGAGUCAAGGGAGAGAAGGGAGAGCUUGGACACAAAGGACCCGACGGCAACCCUGGAAGAGAUGGUGCCCGUGGUCUCCCCGGAGCUGGUGGCCCCCCUGGUCCCACAGGAGCCAAUGGUGACAAGGGUGAGAGUGGAUCUUUCGGACCCGCUGGACCUUCUGGAGUCCGUGGUGCCCCUGGUGAGCGUGGAGAGGUUGGACCCGCUGGAGCCCCUGGAUUCGCUGGACCUCCUGGCGCUAAUGGACAGACCGGAGCAAGAGGAGAGCGUGGACCUGCCGGAGGAAAGGGAGAUGUUGGCCCCGCCGGCCCUGCUGGACCCGCUGGACAGUCUGGACCUGCUGGUCCUUCUGGCCCUGCUGGACCUACUGGCGCCCGUGGAGACAACGGACCUCAGGGUCUGACUGGUUUCCCUGGAGCUGCUGGCAGAAUUGGCCCCGCUGGACCUGCUGGUAUUGUCGGACCCGCUGGCCCUGCUGGUCCCGCUGGUAAAGAUGGUCCCCGUGGUAUGCGUGGAGACGUUGGUCCCGCUGGCCCCGCUGGAGAGCAGGGUAUGGUUGGACCUUCUGGCCCCGCUGGAGAUAAGGGACCUUCUGGAGAGUCUGGACCUGCUGGUGCUCCUGGUGCUCCUGGAGUUUCUGGACCUCUUGGUCUUCAAGGAUUUGUUGGUCUUCCUGGCGCUAGAGGCGAUCGUGGUAGCCCCGGUGGUCCCGGUGCUGUCGGAGAGCCCGGUAGACUUGGACCUGCUGGUCCCGCUGGUGCCCGCGGCCCCGCUGGCAACAUUGGUAUGCCUGGUAUGACCGGACCUCAAGGAGAAGCUGGACGUGAGGGUAACACUGGUAACGAUGGACCUCCUGGUCGUCCUGGUGCUGCUGGAGUCAAGGGAGACCGUGGUGACCCCGGUCCCGCUGGUGUUUUGGGAAUUGCUGGUGCCCCCGGACCUGCUGGCCCCAGCGGAGCUGUUGGAAGACCUGGAAACCGUGGAGACUCUGGCUUUACCGGACCUUCUGGACCCGCCGGAGCCGCUGGAGCUAGAGGUGCCGCUGGACCCGCUGGAGUCCGUGGCGAGAAGGGAGUUGGUGGAGACAAGGGAGAGAUGGGAAUGAAGGGUCUUCGUGGACACCCUGGUCUCCAGGGAAUGCCAGGACCUGCUGGUGCCCCUGGUGACACCGGACCUGCUGGUGCUCAUGGACCUGCUGGACCCAGAGGUCCCGCCGGACCCCACGGACCUCCUGGUAAGGAUGGUAGAGCUGGUGCCCAUGGUACUAUUGGUGCUCCCGGUGCUCGUGGAGCCCCUGGACACAUCGGCCCUGUUGGUCCCCCUGGACCUCCCGGUCUGCCUGGACCUCCCGGCGCUGCUGGUGGUAGCUACGAUCUGUCUGGAUACGAUGAGUACAGAGCUGACCAGCCCGCCAUGAGAGCCAAGGAUUACGAAGUUGACGCCACCAUCAAGUCCCUCAACACUCAGAUUGAGAACCUGCUCACCCCUGAGGGAUCCAGGAAGAACCCUGCCCGCACAUGCCGCGACAUCAAGCUCGGCCACCCCGAAUGGACCAGCGGAUUCUACUGGAUCGACCCCAACCAGGGUUGCAUCAAUGACGCCAUCAGGGUCUUCUGCGACUUCGCCACCCGCGAGACUUGCAUCCAUGCCCAACCCGAGAGCAUUGCCAAGAAGAACUGGUUCAGAAGCACAGAGAACAAGAAGCACGUCUGGUUUGGAGAGACCAUCAAUGGCGGAACUGAGUUCACCUACAAUGACGAGACCAUCAGCUCUCAGAGCAUGGCCACCCAGCUGGCCUUCAUGCGCCUGCUGUCCAACCAGGCUAGCCAGAACAUCACCUACCACUGCAGGAACAGCGUUGCCUACAUGGAUGCUGAGAGCGGCAGCCUGAGCAAGGCUGUGGUGCUUGCCGGCUCCAACGAUGUGGAGCUGAGGGCUGAGGGCAACAGCCGUUUCACCUUCUCUGUGGUGGAGGACGGUUGCACUAGACACACUGGUGAGUGGAGCAAGACAGUGAUUGAGUACAGAACAAAUAAACCAUCUCGCCUGCCCAUCCUCGACAUUGCACCUAUGGACAUUGGUGGAGCUGAUCAGGAGUUUGGUUUGGACAUUGGCCCAGUCUGUUUCAAAUAAAUAGACUCAUGAUAAAUUAACACCCCAAAAGAGAGAAAGAACGAAAAAAAAACAAAAUCUCUGCCCUUCUUUCUGUGUUUUUUUUUUUUUUAAAUGCUGAUUUCUCACUGCGCAACCACUUGCUUAAGAUGGGCAACUAUCGGAGAGGACUGAACGGACUGAACGGAGCGAUUGUGCAAUGCAAAUUAAUACAGCAACCCAAAGGAACGCGGGAAAACACCUUGUUGUGGGACAUCAUGUCAUCCUUUUGUAAAAAAUAAAAGAAGUGUAAUAAAAACGCUGAAAGUAAGCAUCACUUUGUGGUCUUUGUAUAUCUUCCAAAGAGGAGGUUUAAAACCACAAUUUCCAUGAAAAUAAGGUUUAAACUACCUCAUGCAUGUGCUUAAAUAGGCAAAACCCGGGUCCACAACAGAGAUGUUUGGGCUUCUAAUGCUUCAAGCGUUGUUUGAUAUCAGAAGGUGUUCGGUAACUUGAAGCAGAGAUCAAUGGUGCUAAUCUGCAGCUGUGGACAAAACCACUCUUAUCUGUAUUAUUUUGUAUUGAUCUUUUCGGAGUCUUGCAUUAGUCCUCUGAUAGGCUCCCACUUUAAGCAGGUGGAAUACCCCUUAACCUGAUGUCCAGUAUUUGUUUCAUGGGUUUUUUUUUUGUUUGUUUGUCUUGAAAUUUUAGUUUGUUUUGGGGUUUUGUUCAAGCUUUACCCUUCAAAUCACACAUCCAGAGUUCAUACUGACAUCCCAUUCUCAUCCAAUUCUGAAUGCAUUUUCGGCGGCUUAUCUCUCAAGAAUGACAUCGCAAAGUCUAUUGUACCUAUUUUGUAUAUGUGAGAUGUUUAAAUAAAUUGUGAAAAGUUCUGAAAUAAAGCAUGUCCAAUGUUCCAAAACACA